GUGCAAACAGCAGGAUAACACCGCACUGAGGAAUUUGUAUUACAGGGAGUAUCUUCCUUUGGAAAUAUGCAAAGCUCUCAAAAGCAAAACUCCCCGCGGUCAAAUCCAAGCAGAUCAGAUUUGAUCAACAGGAGAAAGAAGAAAGCAACAUGGCUUGUUGUCAGCUUGUUACUUUUGUCCUUUCUGAUUAUUGUGCUUGGAAUUUUCACUACAACAAGAACAGAAAGUGUUAGUGUAACUGGAUAUGGAUCUGGGAUUAUUUUUGCUUUUGGAUCAUUUUUGGGAAUUCUUGGACUCUUUCUUGAAGAAAACCGCAAGCAGCUGUUGACAGCAGCUAUCAUGUUCCUUAGUCUUGGGAUAAUUGUCUCAUUCUUCUGUCUUGUAGUGGAUGGAGUUUUCACCGUGCUUAACAUUGACCUGAGACCUCUGCAAGCAGGAAGAUGCCAGUAUUACACAAGUGGGCACAGCUACUUAUACGAGAAUUACUUUGCUUCUGUGCCUUGUCAAGGGCUGACAGAAUCGUGCAGCCUUAAAGUUCGGAGCGGCACAUGCUAUUGCUGUGACCUGUAUGACUGUGCUAAUGGGGGAUACUUGAAUAAUCACUAUGAGUACGUGGGAGUGAGAAGCUGCCAGGAAGUCCUGUCCCUGUAUGUGAUGAUCUGGCUAUUGACAGCCCUGAACCUCUUGGUUUUCUUCCUGGGGAUUCUGGCUACAGCUGUGCUUGGCAGUAUCAAAGAUGUGGGGUCUGCUGUAUGUCCUGAGUUAAACACUCAGCUUCUAGCUCCAACUAAUUACAGUUCCAUUCAGCACAAGGAGCUCAAUGGUGCGUUGCCACCGACUGCUCCUCUUCUGCUACAGGACCCAGGAGCCAGCUCAUUGUAUCCGAACCCAUCAGUCCAUUUCACACUGCCAGCCCUCGCAGAGCCGAUAGCUGCCAGCCCUCCAGACACCUUCAACCCCCCUCCGUUUGCACCCCCUUACAAUCUUCAGCCUCACAAAACAGCAAGUGGAUAUUCAGUGUGAGGCUGCCUUUACCUCAAACUGAUUUUUUUUUUUUUUUAAAUAAAGAAGCCAAAAUGUAAAAUUGCUUUUUUUUCAUGUAAGCCAGAAAGUGCAUUAUGUAUCAUGAGAGCAGUAAGAUUAAUACAUAAGAUUACCUGCAUGUGUUUUUUUGUUUUUUUUGGAGAUACAUGUAAUGUGCUUUAUUUCUAGUUUAGUAGUGUAAGUAAUAUCACUUGUAGAGGACUGGGUGUUCUAGUGGAUUCAUCCAUUCGCAGUGCUGUGCAAAACCAAAAUACUUCACAUUUAGUACAAAUUGUGUUCAAGACCACUUGUGCCUGCUCGAAGAUUUGAACAUGUUCCUCUAUGGAAAAUGUUUAAAAAUGUACUCUUGCCAAUGACGAUAGGACUACUGUUGAGAGCUGUUGUUCUAAUUUUCUAUUUAGCAUCAUUAUAGGCUCAUUCUAGUUAAGCACCUGUUUGUUAUAAAACAUGUAUUUAGAUGCACAUAUUCAUUUGUGAAUCACAUCAUCUAAGAAAGGAUAAAGCAGGUGUGUUAUAUGUUUGUAAAUAACUAAAUGUAUUUAAAAAUGUGUCCUUUUAUGUGUUGUAUUCAUAAAUGCCAACAUAUUUUAGCAUUGUGAUCUAUUUUU